AUGGCUGCGUGUGGAUCUAUUCUUUAUGCAUUUGAAGGGCAAGCAAUGGUACUUCCUUUAGAAAAUAAAUUAAAAAAGCCUUCCCAAAUGGUUGGAACUUUUGGAAUUUUGUCGGUAGGAAUAGCUGCUGUCUCGGUAAUUUUUGCUUUGUGCGGCUUUCUUGGUUUUACAGCAUUUGGGAAUGAUGUACGUGGAAGUAUUACUUUAAAUUUGCCACAAGAUAAUAUCCAAUUUUCUCUUCUUCGAUUAGCCUUAACACUUGUUAUUUACCUUGGUUUUGUAAUUCAACUAUACGUUAUUGUUGAUAUGCUUUGGCCUGCACUUUGGAAAAGAUUGGAAAGGAGAGGGGGAUUUUGCUCUUCUGUUAAUUUAAAAUUACCUUUUGAAUUGGCUUUAAGAACUUUUCUGUUGUUUAUUAUAAUGAUUUUUGGUAUUGCUGUACCUAAUUUAGAAGAACUUAUUCCACUUGUUGGUGUUACUACAGGAAUGUUAUUAGCAUUUUUAAUCCCUCCUCUGUUGGAUCUACUUACUUGGCUACCAAUUAGAAUUAAAAGGAGAGAAUAUAAAUUAGCUACAUUAUUAAUAAUUGAAGAUUUAAUUAUGGUUUUAAUUGGCCUUUUUGGAAUGAUUGCUGGAUUACAGGCUAAUUUAGUGAAUAUUUUUAAAUAA